AUGUUCUCGAAAAAGACAGCUCGGCUGUGUAUCACGGCCGAGGGGAACAGAUUUGACAAAAGAUUCAUCAGGAACUGGGAGAUUGAGGGCUUCGAUACCACAUACCUGGCCUUUGAACCCGACAAGGACCGGUACCGUCGUGAACUGGAGAAGAUCACGCAAGGGCUGAGUGUGAGCGAAUCGUAUGCUGUCAUCGGCUUUGGCGAAGCUGCGGCUUUCUGCCUCGAACAUUACCUCCAUCUCCCCAACACUCGCAAGCUCUGUGCUUUAAUCGCGUAUUACCCGCCGAGAAUCCCCCCGGCGGCCGUCCAGUAUCCGCCCACUGUACAGGUGCUCAUACACCUGGCGAACCAGCAAGUUGCGAUCCCUACCCGGCAGCAAAACGGGGCAGCUCGCGCGCCCCAGGCCACCUGGGCGAAGAUCGACGCGGGCAUCGGCACCGGCGACACCCUCCAGCUGGGACACAAGGCAUACGCCUACCCGAGCGCAGUGCCCGGGUUCGCCGAGCACGAUCAGGCAGAACAUGACCCCAUAUCAGCAGGGCUGGCUUGGAGCCGGAGCCUGGCGACGCUGCAGAGAGCGUUUGGAAAGGAGGCCGAUCUGGAGACAGUAUGGGACGAGGUGCAGGAAGACCGGUACUUCUCGCAGACUGUCUCCAAAUCCAAAACAGCGUUUGUCCGCAAAGGAACCCCUUCCGUCACGUACAGCCCGACGCUGCAGGGAGCGACGGGAACGGCGGAUCUGCAGCGCUUCUACGAGACCAUCUUUCUCCAGGGGCAGCCACGCUCGAUGCGUCUACGGCUACUGUCGCGCACGGUCGGGGCUGACCGGGUGGUGGACGAGCUGUACAUGAGCUUCCAGCACAGCCAGGAGAUGCCGUGGAUACUACCGGGCAUUCCUCCCACGGGGCGCCCCGUCGACCUUGUCCUGGUCAGUAUUGUCAGCCUCCGCGGCGGCAGGCUGCUCUCGGAGCAUGUCUACUGGGAUCAGGCCAGUGUAUUGAUGCAGGUGGGCCUCCUUGAUCCCAAGAAGGUACCCCACGGCUUUCCGGGGGUCGAGAGACUCCCGGUGGUGGGAAGGGCGGCUGCCUCGACUCUCUUGGGGCAGGAGUGA